CACAACUAUUGAUAGAUACGGGUUCUUUCGGAGGACAAAUGACAGACAAGCGUCCGCACUCAAAACGCGUUUGAAUGUCCUUAUCCCUCCGGCGUUCAGUCAGCAUCAUCAGCACCACGACGAUGCUGAACAGCGACAGAGGAAUGAUCGCUGUUGUGAGCGAAGGAGAGCGAUUGAGACAGAUUGUGGACGCUGUCUGUAGCCUACAUUAGCUAGGGUUUGCGCUUCGUGUAUAAAGCCUAGCCAUACAAAAUAGAAGAAAACGCUGCAAUUUUUCCCAUGAGGUGAUAAAAAAAACGGUGGGGUUGCAAUGUGUUCUGCAUGGAUCUUGUUUUAAACCAUCUACGGAUGCAUCAUUCCUCCAGCGCCGGCAUAUAAAAACCGAAGAAACGCGCGAGGAAAGAUGCGGGAGAGCACCGCAGGACUGUACUGCCGAUGAGAUUCUGGAGAUUACCCACAGACUCGCGCCUCACAAUCAGCGGCUGGGGCGGUCGCGGAGCCGGCAGGUAUGAACCAUUGUCCACUUCUGUGCCGCUCUGAACGAGCAUACCUCAGCGUAGGCAACAACAACAACAAACCACUCGACCGCCACCCAUAAAACGACAUCAACGCCGCCUCCGACGGUUUCUGCCUAUCCUUCUCUUGUGACAUGACAGCACGGGGCAGAACGCGGAGGAUCAAAGGGCACAGACCUGCAGGCGGACGCGUGGAUUCCAAGAGGAAAGGUGCCGGGCGCACGCUGGGGCUCCAGCCCGAAGGAGCUCGGAUUGCUGCUUCUGGGGACAAACACGCAGAGCAGUGCCGCGCGCUGACACGAGCACGUCGGGGAAGAUCCGUGAAAGGGAGUCGGUGUAUCCUCUCCAGUCGCCCCAGCCCCCGUUUCGUCAACUCGUUAUCUCCCCAAAAACCCAUCUUAAAAACAGCAGCGGUGCGCUUAAGCUAUCCGAUUAAUCAAAUGUGACCGUUAUCUUUUUUUAAAUUCAUGUUCAAUAUGCUUGGUUUUGUUGGUCUAUUGAACUGACAUGAUUAUUGACGACUUUACACGCUUGUGGGGCUGAAUGGAAUCUGACCGAAAUUGAUGCGCCUGUUGGCCGGUUCUCAGGUGUCUCCCCCCUUGGCUGGCUGUUUCGACUCUAACUCUAAGCAGCGCGAUGGGUUGCAUCCAGAGCGUCGCCUGCAAGUCACGCAUCAAGCGAGAGAACAUCGUUGUCUACGACGUCUCUGCCACCAUAGACCAGUGCCCGACAAUAAUCGAGGAGAACUCGCCGAUUGUGCUGCGCUACAAGACGCCUUACUUCAAGGCCUCCGCGCGCGUGGUGAUGCCCCCCGUCCCCCGCAAUGAAACGUGGGUGGUGGGCUGGAUACAGGCUUGCACGCAGAUGGAGUUUUAUAACACUUAUGGGGACAUCGGCAUGUCGAGCUGGGAGCUGCCGGAGCUCCGGGAGGGGCGGGUGAAGGCCAUCAGCGACUCGGACGGCGUGAGCUACCCCUGGUACGGCAACACCACGGAGACGGUGACGCUGGCGGGCCCCACCCACAAGCCGCUGCGCUUCACCGUCAGCAUGAACGACAACUUCUACCCCAGCGUGACGUGGGCGGUGCCCGUGAGCGACAGCAGCGCGCCGCUGCUCACCCGCAUCACGCGCGACCAGAGCUUCACCACCUGGCUGGUGGCGCUCAACGCCGGCAGCAAGGAGAGGAUCCUGCUGCAGACCAUCAAGUGGCGCAUGCGCGUGGACAUCGCCGUGGACCCCGCCCGCCCGCUGGGCUCCCGGGCCGCGCUGGCGGGGGGGGGGAGGCCCCAGCAGGACCAGCCCCGCGUGCUCACCCACAUGGAGCCCAUACCGCCCAACGCGCUGUCCCGCCCCAACGCCAACGACGCCCAGGUGCUCAUGUGGAGGCCCAAGAGGGGGCCGCCCCUGGUGGUGAUACCGCCCAAGUGAAGAGCGGCUGGGGGGGGGGGCAGGCAUCUGCGGGAAUGGACCCUCCAACAUUGGGGAGGGAGAACAUACAGUGGCCUGAUAUUUACAAAAUGAAGAACAAGAAAAAAAAAAAAACUGCCUUAAAUUUCUCCAACAAACGCCUUCUCUGCCAUUGGAAUGGAAGCAGUGCAUCAUGGGAUGUCUGGAAAGCUAACCGCUAACCCUGCACAGGUUGGGGAAUCUGCCUUAAACUGCCUCAAGAACUGGGGACAGACAGAAGCGACUGCUUUCAGGAGGAGCCAUUUUGUGUCGUUUAACGAGCCUGUCUAGUCCUGGUGGUCGCAGUACCGAGUCACGAUGGGGGACGGAACUAACGAGCUACUGGUGCCACCCGAGUGAACGACGGGAACAAAUUGAAUGAACAGCAGAGACCGUAAACUGCAGCUAAUGCAGGUCUGUACAGUCGCUGGACAGUUUGCCUUACAGCCAGAGUGCUGAUCGAAUCACUGCAGGGCAGACCCUGACAAGAGCACAAGCAGGUGAAACCUGUCAAUCAUACUUGGGUCAAAUGCACAUUUGGAACACGUGUGUGGAACAUGCUUAGGCGGCGGUAAAAUUCGGAAAAAAACAAACAAUCACGCGUGGGAGGGUUCCCGAGAAUAUGCAGCAAAACGUGUGACCAAACGAAAAUGUACAAUCAUAUGAAAGGUGUAUGUGUAUUGUUCCAGUGAAGAUAAGAUGUUUUUAAAACAAAACAAAAAAAAAAACUGUCAGUAUUUUGCAGGAAUCUUGCUGGUGUUUAAUGGCUUAAAUAUUUAUUUUGACCAAGGUCUGCAGUCAGAAUCAGUGUUAUACUCUGAGGGAAAGGGGGUCUUGGGGGGGGGGGGAAAUAUGCAAACUCACGGCUGUUCAGCACCAAGACUCAGACCAUCCGGCCCCUUCUCACAGUGAGACCGGAGGACUGGACCCCUCCGUGCUGCUCGACCUCCCCACCUCUGCAUUAGAGGCCCCCGGGAGCGCAGCCACGGUCGCUCCUCGUCUGGGGUUGCCACGCCGACGGCGGGGACAGUGCGCCGUCGCGACUCCGACUCGUUUAAAAGACCACACACACCGUUUCUUUACCUCCGUUCAGACCAGCCGGGCUGUUAUGGGCUCGCUGCCUGGGAUUCUGGGUCCCAUGAUGGGAUCUCGCACCGGGCACCACCGCCCACCCAGGACAAUCAUAUGUUCUUAUAUUUUUUUGAGGGCCCCUGCAAGUCAGGGCCCUUGGAAUCAUGCUAACGCUACCCCCCCCUUUUCCCCAGAGCACCCCUGGCCUGCACCCCUGGUCCAGGAGAACCAUGUCAGGGUCUGCUGAUUUCCAGUUCCGUUAAUCAGCACUUAAUUGGUCACUUAACGUCGUUCAGUUGACUCAUCUUCAUCUAGGCUCUUUGGUCUGGAUCUGGACCUGGUGGUUGUUUUUUUGGACACUCCACCCUCCUUUCCACCCCCCCCCCCAAAUACAAUUAAUUUUGAUGCGCACAUACACAGCUGGUCUGAUAGUGGUCACAUCCCUCACUGGGCGUCUGACAGGUGCUCGUGCGCCCCUCCCCCAGUGCAUGCUGGGCUGUUCAGACUUCAGGCCUCAGGACAGGUGCAUGAUGGGACAGGGCACAGCACAAGGGUGGAGGCUGUGAUGUCAUAAGCGGGGAGGCGUGGCCCCACAGCCCAACAGUCUGACACAGACCUUAGAGCAGGGGAGGCAAAAAAAAAAAAAAAAAAAAGAGGUGGAAAAACAAUCAUUUGGUUUUGUGGAGUUUUUUGCAUGCAGUGUUUUUAAAAUAAUAAAAACUAAAAGAAAAAAAAAAUGGGU